GCGGAUUAGCGGACGCUCCCUCCACUUUGCUCAGCUGGAAUUGCGGGUCUCGCGGAGCCGCCGCAAGUGGGACGGCGGCUGCUAAGGGGGAUCUCUUUGGGAGGGAGGGCAAAGCCCCCUCCCCAUAGGCGCCGGAGUCUCCCUCUGCCUUCUGAAAGACGCUCGCCAGAGGGUCUGCAACGCCGGCAGCUGAAGGGCCGUAAGCAGGACUUUUGCAGGGCUGCGGAGCUCCCUAAUGCCAGAUCCACCAGGAGGAGAAGGCCUGCUAUAAGGCGGUCCAGCUGAGUGAGGAGGGGCCGUCGGCCAGCGGGGGCCAGGGCUCCCUCAUGGCGCUGGCCCAGAACUGCGCGGUGAUGCACAACCUGCUGGGCCCAGCCUGCAUCUUCCUGAGGAAGGGAUUCGCGGAGAACAGGCAGCCGGACAGACAGCUGCGUCCGGAAGAAAUUGAUGAGCUGAGAGAAGCCUUCAAGGAGUUUGACCGAGACCGAGACGGCUACAUCAACUGCCGAGACCUGGGGAAUUGCAUGAGGACCAUGGGUUACAUGCCUACCGAGAUGGAGCUGAUCGAACUGUCGCAGCAGAUCAACAUGAACUUGGGCGGCCACGUAGACUUUGAUGACUUUGUGGAACUGAUGGGACCCAAACUGCUGGCAGAGACGGCCGACAUGAUUGGGGUCAAGGAGCUGCGGGAUGCCUUCAGGGAGUUUGACACCAACGGAGACGGAGAAAUCAGCACCAACGAACUGCGAGAAGCUAUGAAGAAGCUCCUCGGGCAGCAGGUGGGACACCGAGACAUCGAGGACAUCAUACGGGAUGUCGACCUGAACGGGGAUGGGCGAGUGGACUUUGAAGAGUUUGUCAGGAUGAUGUCUCGCUGAAGACGGCUCGUGAGCUGAGUGGUGACCCAACCCUGGAGGGUAGAAAAGGGCCCGUGUGGCGUGCCAUGCCCUGAGCUCCUAUGCAAUGCCGGCUGCCCCACCGACGGUGUGCCGCAGUGACCUGCCUCACUACUCCACCUGGCCUGACGCUCCUUCCCUCCCCACACUGUGAAUGAUUCGGGGUCUCCUGCAUCCGAAGCGCUGCUGGGGGAGGCGACCUCAGGGGGGGGCAGCGGUGCCCGUGCCCGAAGCAGCCACGGAGGGCUGGACAUCGUCAAAAUCUCCUUUUCCAACGCCUCGCCUGCUUUUGCUCUUCCGGCCAACCCUGCAAAGCGAUGAGAAAGAGGGAGGGGCCUGAUGCGGGGAGCCCCUGGGACCAGUAUCUGACCUGGACUGUGCUCUGGACUUCUGUUCCUUGGCCAAGGCACCUUGUGCGAAUGCCUCCUUCCCCUCCUCUGUGUCGCCUUGAUUUUUGCCUCUGGAAUGUUUUUCUGUCUCCCUACAGUCAUGUUAAAGGGCACCGAUAUAUGUUUGCGCAGAAAAACAAAUAAUAUUGAACAAAU